UACGUACGCCGAAUCUAAAAGUCUCGAGUAACUGUCAGUAUCGCGGACGACGUUGAACGAACUGAUUGUCGUGGUAUCCUCGUUUUUAUUUUUUUUUUGACUCUUGUCUUUUAGUGGACCGGUAAAAAUGGUGGCUCAGGAAAGAAGGAAGAGCUCCGAUCAAAUUGACCCAAAUAAUAGAGUCGAGGACGAUCAGUCCGAUGACGAAACUCCUCCGAACGGCGAGGAGGAGGGCCACCACCGGAGACAUGCCGGUGCACCGGCGGGCGGAAAUUCAGGCGAUGAGUCCGAUGACGGAUCGACUGUCACGAUACGGUUAAUAGGAGAAGACCCUGCCAAUGCACAUCUAUCACCGGAAGAACGGCUGCGCCUGCAUAUGGAAAAUUGGUAUCGUUCCCAGGUAGAAGAUACAAGUAGUAACACCCCACAGUUUCCACCGCUGCAGUCGAUAUGGGAUUUGGACCGCAAUGAUUGGUGCACUUUGGCUAUUCUAGCCGUGGGCUUGAUCUUACUUGGGUUUCAGGCCUGGUGUAUGAACAAUCGUAGAAUACGUGACAUGCAACAAAUAAAUGAGACCAUAACACUUCCACGAAAUUUUACGACGAUGACGAUGAAGGAAUAGACGCGGCAAUAGAAAUACAUGUUUUUUUAAUCUUCUCAACUCGAUUGAAUAAAUAAUAGUAAUUUUUGUAUUUCUAUAUGCACCAUAA